UGAAAAGGCGAUGCCGCUGCUCUCUCCUGGCCAUCUGUUCGGCACCGCUCUCCAUCUUCACCCCGGCCUCUUCCACUGCUAGAGCCACGCCGCGAAGAUGUCGUCGCACGGGUCCGACAAUAUCACGAGCGAGAAGCACAUUGGUGCUCACGAGGUGGCAACCGCCGCCGUCCCUGCCACUCAUGUUCCCCAUGUCUCUGGCAAGGAGAAAGCAGUUCACAAUGCCGAGCUCUUCGCUGCCAUCAAGGAGGCCAAGAUUGAGCCCUGGAGCAAGGAGUCCAUCCAUCUCUACUUCAGCAUCUUCAUCGCCUUCUGCUGUGCCUGCGCCAACGGUUAUGACGGUUCACUCAUGACUGCCAUCAUUGGAAUGCCGACCUUCCAGAGCACCCUGGAUGUUGCAGACACUGGACAGAAAGCCGCGGUUAUCUUCUCGAUGUACUCUGUUGGCGCCAUGGUGGGCAUGCCGUUUGCUGCCUUCAUCGCCGAUAAGCUCGGUCGUCGCAAGAGCAUGUUCUCCGGUGCUGUCAUCAUCAUUCUCGGCAUGAUCAUCAUCUCGUCCUCGCAUUCGUACGCCCAGUUCGUGGUCGGCCGUUUCGUUCUCGGCCUCGGCAUCUCCGUCAUGACGGUCGCCGCUCCCGCCUAUGCGGUCGAGGUUGCUCCGCCGCACUGGCGCGGCCGUUGCACCGGUUUCUACAACUGCGGCUGGUUUGGUGGCUCCAUCCCGGCUGCCAUUGUCUGCUUCGGCACCAACUACAUCGACAGCGACUGGUCGUGGCGAGUGCCUCUGAUCGGCCAGGCCUUCGCCUGCCUCAUAGUCAUGGUCGGCGUCUUUUUCAUCCCCGAAUCGCCGCGCUGGCUCAUGGCCAAUGGCAAGGAGGACCAGGCUCUCGCAUUCCUCGUCAAGUACCACGGUAACCGCGACCCCAACUCGCGCCUCGUCCGCCUCCAGAUCGAGGAGAUGAGGGAGGGCAUCCGGCUGGACGGCAUCGACAAGACCUGGUGGGACUACCGGCCGUUCCUCCUGUCGCACAGUGGCCGCUGGCGUCUGGCUCAGGUGCUCAUGAUUUCCAUCUUUGGCCAGUUCUCCGGCAACGGUCUCGGCUACUUCAAUACGGUCAUUUUCAAGAACAUCGGUGUCACCUCGGUUCCGGCCCAGCUCGGCUUCAACAUCCUCAACCAGGGUCUCUCUGCCAUCGGCGCCCUGACGGCCAUGUCUCUGACGGACAGGAUGCCCAGGCGCAAGGUGCUCGUCACGGGUACCUUUUUGUGCGCCGUCGCCCUGGCCACCAACGCCGGUCUGUCGGCGGUGCUCGACCGCAACGACAAAAACAACCUGCCGUUCGACGAGGCCUACGGCCAGGGUGCGCUCGCCUCGUACUUCUUGUUCAACAUCAUCUUCUCCUUCACCUAUACGCCGCUCCAGGGUGCUAUCCCGACCGAGGCGCUCGAGACCACGACCCGCGCCAAGGGUCUCGCCCUCUCGGGUUUCAUCGUCAACGGCAUGGGUUUCAUCAACCUGUUCGCCGGCCCCAUUGCCCUUGGAAACAUUGGCUACAAGUACAUCUUUGUGUUUGUCGCCUGGGACGUCAUUGAGUCCAUCAUCUGGUUCCUGUUCGGCGUCGAGUCCCAGGGCCGCACCCUCGAGCAGCUCGAAUGGGUCUACAACCAGCCCAACCCGGUCAAGGCCUCGCUCAAGGUCGACAAGGUCAUCAUUACCGACGACGGCAAGGUCGCCGAGAAGAUUGUUGCCUAAGACACAUACAUCUUGGGUUAUGGGUUUGGUUGGUGGGUGUGCAAUGGUUGCUGGACCGGAGUGGUUCGGCAAGUGUGCCAGUCCCGGAAUCUGGUGAAUCACGAGCUGGUUGUUUGGCGUGGGGACUGCUGUUGUCUCGUGCAACUCUGCCCCUAAGUGAAUAUACCCCGUUGUAAUUCUGGUGUACUUUGUGGUCCUUG